GAAGAAUAAAACUUGCAUGCUUUUUGGACUGAUGUGAAAAACUAUUUUGACGACGGAUACUUUUUUUUUGCUUUUCUUUAUGAUUUAUUUUGCAGGUUCCAUUUGGAUGGGCAGUAGUUGAGUUGCAGCUUGCUCCCUAUCUAUCUCAUAACUGCAGAAGAUGGCAGACCAGAUGGUAACACUAAUGUGUCGUUGGGAUGGAAGGAUUACAACUGGACAACAGGGCGCGGAUUAUGAAGGUGGUAGACUGAAAGGCAUUCGUGUCAACUGCAGAACAACUCACUCAGUGUUGUUGUGUCGGAUGUAUGAGAUCACAAAGUAUGACAGGAGGCAGUUUAUAAUUAAGAUGACGUGCAGGUACCCGAUGUCUAAGGGAUAUAUAGCUUAUGAGAUAGAUGACAAAGAUGCUACGGAAAUUAUGCUUGAAUUGGGAAGACAGCAAAACGGCCAUGGGGUAGAGUUGUACUUGGAAAAAGAUCAAGUGCACAUCAACAAUGAACGAGAUGAUCAUCAGGUCAUUCAGAGUGGUCUGUUCACUCAUAUGCUUGUCCAAGACACCAAUACUCAAUUGGUCGCCGAGUGUCCUGCUGACCCAGAGCAAUUAGUCCCUGGGCCCAUUGAUACCAGUGUGCUCACACUGCAAGGAGAUCAUAGAUCCCAGGCUAUAUGGGAUGGUGAGGACAUUGGGAUAUUGAAAUGUACUCAGAGAAUAGGGCGUUUAGCAGAUUGGCCUUUGCAUUCUGAUCUUGUCAGGUAUGUUACAAGAGCAGGACUCUAUCACCUGUCUAGGGUUAAUGGUAUGAGGAUGGAUCGUCCAUUGAUCACUGCGUUAGUAGAGCGAUGGCGCCGUGAGACCCACACGUUUCAUCUUCCAGUGGGUGAGAUGGCCAUUACUCUACAAGAUACAGCAGUUCUCCUUGGACUUCGUGUACAUGGUGAUCCAGUGACUGGUAGGACUGACUACACAUGGGCAGAGCUCUGCAAGGACUUAUUGGGGAGGAAGCCAGAGGCACAGUACUUGAGUGGAUCAUCACUAAAGAUGACCUGGCUAUAUACACAUUUUCAUCAACUUCCAGAGGGCACUAGUCCCAUGGUUCAGGAGCAGUAUGCCCGGGCAUACAUGUUGUACUUGCUUGGGAGCACUAUCUUUGUAGAUAAGUCUGGAGAUUCUGUCCAGUUGAUUUAUCUUCCCCUCCUCAGUGACUUUGAUGCAGCUGGGAGACUGAGCUGGGGUAGUGCCGCAUUAGCAUUCUUGAUGCGAGAGUUGUGUAGGGCUACUUCUCGGCGAAUGUCUGAGAUUGCUGGGUGUUUGACCCUAUUGCAGUUAUGGGCAUGGGAGCGAUUGCGUAUUGGUUUCCCUAAUAAACGCGAGCCUCAGACUCCUCCAGGAGGUGCUUCAACUACUGAUAUUGGUUCACUUGGUGCUUCAGAAAUUGCAGUUCAGUCGCCAACAGAUGUGGCAAUGCAGUCGCAAACAGAUGCAUCGCUACUGGUAGCAGAUGAGCAGUCAGCUGCACUUGCAGAUCCAUUAGGGUGCAGGUGGAAUGUACCAAUGUCACACACUGAGAGCCCAAAGACUGUUUUGCGUUACUACAGAUCUCAACUUGACCACCUGAUGGAUGAUCAGGUUAUUUGGCAACCAUAUGCCCCUGAGAUUUUGGCAGCAUUACCUGAAAUAUGUAGGAGUGAUCAGGAUGUGUGGCGGACAAUAGCACCCCUCAUUUGCUUUGACAUUGUAGAGUGGCACUUACCUCAGAGAGUUCUACGUCAGUUUGGUCUACAGAACAUGAUUCCAGAGAAUAUGAAUAUUGACCAGGGACUCCAUAGCAUCACAAGACAGGGGAGGCCCACUAUAGAUUGGAAGGUACAUCAUGCUGAGUAUAUCACUCUAUGGGAGAAUCGCUUGUCAACCAUUGCUGUGGGAACUCUUGAGAAUGGUUCAGUGCACUGUAAUGGUCAAUAUAUGGAAUGGUAUCGUCGCAUCACUCGUCGCUUUGUUGGUCAUCCCAAUGAUACACCAGUUAUGCGCUACCAACUUAGGGGACAUGAUCAACAAAUAUUGGUUAGGUGCAUGACUAAUAUGCAUUCCCGUAUCAGUGCGACCCUUGAAAAUCUCAGUCCUACAUGUACAUGUGGUGCACACUCAACACUUGAGGAGCUUAGAGAUAUGAUAGAUGGUGCACUACAGCAGGUUCGUGAAGGACGUCAGAUUGAGGCAGCCCCUUCAGUAGUAGCACCUGCCACUGGUCGGAAAUAUACCAGAAAGCGACACAAAGUUGAGAAGCAGAAUAAAUAACACCACUAGUAGCAGCUCAUGUACUAGCUAGAGGUGCUUAACUUUAAGAAUAGGCAACCUACACCAGCUCCUCAAAUGCAAGCAUGGUCACUAGCAGCUUCAGAUGUUCCUGCCACAUAUAUUGGGCAUUUGAGCAGUUCUAACUCUGGUUGAUGCUUCAGCAGCAGCCACCUCCAGCUGAUCCAACUAUGUUUGUAACUUGGAUCACCCAGAAGAAGAGGAAGCUCGCAAAUCACAAUGAAGAAGUAUAUUGGCCAACAAGCAGAUCAAUUGGGUAAGGGAGCUUAUGUAUGAUUGAUAGUUGAUGUAAGAUUGAGAGCUUACACAGGAUCUUAUUGUGGUGAAUUUGAUUAUGAUGGGUUGGGUUUGGAACU